AUGGGUUUAUGUCCAAUUCACCAAGGGUGGACUAGCCCAUUUUUCUACACUAGAAGACUGGAGGACCGUGUCGUGUUUACAGUGCUUGAGAGAACCACAUACCUUGCACACACUGAAGUAUAUGAGGACGUUCGGCCCCAUUCUCAGAAUCUCCGGAGUGUUCUUUUUAAGACGGAACAGAUUCAAGCGGCCUUCAAAGGGUUCAGGGUGUCGGAGGAAAUCUCGUUCUUUCCAGAUGCCCUACCUCAACCCCAGGUUAUCUCAACCCUAAAUCUCAACGACAAAAUAUUUUCCCUCUAUGUCGCAUCAAUACUACCAGCGUUGCAACCGAAGAAGGCAGAUGGCGACAAUGCUGCCUCAGCAUUUUUCUGUGACAUAUCUUGCUUGAAGGUGAUGUCACGGAUGGACGCUCACGAGAUUUGGAAAAUUUUGAAGUCUGAUAAUGAUGAUUGGUAUGAUGACUGGAAUAUUCGAUACGCGAGGAUGGCUAGAGCCAUCGGCGAUAGUGCUGUAGAGAGAAGGGUUUUGAGGAACAUUGAUUGUUUUGAGGGAUCAGGAUUUUUCUGUUUGCGUUUUGGUUCUUUGAAGAAUGGGGUGGUUGCUCCAUAUGAUCAGCCAAAGCCCAAAAGAACAGUGGCCACAGCUGCACCUCCAGGGAGUUCAAUGGGUUAG